GUGUCCUGCUCGAUGACGUCCAUGGUGGAGAAGCUCGCGUCCCUGGAUCCGCUCGCCAAGGCGGCAGGUGGCGUCGCUUGGGAGUUGCUGCCCAUGGUGCAACCAGUGCGGACUCCGUUCACGUCUUGCUCAGGCAGGCGCUGCGGGCUGACGACCGCGCGGAGCUGCUGGGCUGCCUGUACAACAGAGAUGGCAAGGUGGAGUACUUGCUUGAGGUCCAGGUUCAUCCUCUUCUGGUGGAGAACAAUUCAGGGGCGAGGCGAGGAGAACUUGCCUGGAGACAACGUGCUGCGUGCGGCAGCGACGAGCCAGGUGGGCUGGGCACGGCCAGGACCAAGCUGAGGGGGUGGCGACCAAUCUCGCGCGGCGGUGACGAGGCAGUGCUGGCUGCGACCAAACUUGUCCUCUUGUUCUGCCUCAAUAAGUGUUGUUGCUUGUCCUAUUGCACCAUAAUUACUCUGAAAUUUUCCAAAAAAGCAAGUUUAAUACUCCAAAAAGGGAAAAACAAACAAACCAUAGAUCUUAUCUCUAGGUUGCUUAACCCUGAAACAACGUAUCUUCUGCAAUGUACACCUGCAUUUAGUAGUAGUAAUGCCAUCUAGAUAAUGCAAGAGUAGUAGUAACUGAAACUUCCAUGUAAAUUUAACUGAAACUUCUGCAUUUGUACUCUGUAAGAUUCUAGCUGUAGAGACAAAAUGCUCCUUCAUUUGAUUAGCAUUUAACUACAAUAAUGUUUAGAUUGGUUGCAACAAACAAAAUACAGAUAUGUCAAUGAGUAAAUUUCUUAUUAAUAUGGUCCGGUUGCAGAAAUACAGAUCAUUCAACUCUAGGAUCCAGAAUGCAUUAAACAAAAUUAAAACAA